GCCUUCCCCCGGGGCGCCCCCGGCCGCGCCGAGCGGGUUCCUGCGGCCGCCGGAACACGCGGAGCCGGGCCAUGAGCGUGGGCUUCAUCGGCGCCGGCCAGCUGGCCUGUGCCCUGGCGCGGGGCUUCACGGCCGCGGGCAUCCUCUCGGCUCGCAAGAUCAUAGCCAGCUCCCCGGAACUGGACCUGCCCACGGUGUCCGCGCUCAGGAAGAUGGGUGUGAACCUGACCCGGAGCAACAAGGAGACAGUGAGGCACAGCGACGUGCUGUUCCUGGCCGUGAAGCCGCACAUCAUCCCCUUCAUCCUGGACGAGAUCGGGGCCGACGUCCAGGCCAGGCACAUCGUGGUCUCCUGUGCGGCCGGUGUCACCAUCAGCUCUGUGGAGAAGAAGCUGAUGGCGUUCCAGCCGGCCCCCAAGGUGAUUCGCUGCAUGACCAACACGCCCGUGGUGGUGCGGGAGGGCGCCACGGUGUACGCCACGGGCACCCACGCCCUGGUGGAGGAUGGGCGGCUGCUGGAGCAGCUCAUGAGCAGCGUGGGCUUCUGCACUGAGGUGGAGGAAGACCUGAUCGACGCCGUCACGGGGCUCAGCGGCAGCGGGCCUGCCUACGCCUUCAUGGCCCUGGACGCGUUGGCCGACGGUGGGGUGAAGAUGGGCCUGCCGCGGCGCCUGGCGGUCCGACUGGGGGCCCAGGCCUUGCUGGGGGCUGCCAAGAUGCUGCUGGACUCGGAGCAGCAUCCAGGCCAGCUCAAAGACAACGUCUGCUCCCCCGGGGGGGCCACCAUCCACGCCCUGCACUUCCUAGAGAGUGGGGGCUUCCGCUCCCUGCUCAUCAACGCGGUGGAGGCCUCCUGCGUCCGCACACGAGAGCUGCAGUCCAUGGCUGACCAGGAAAAGAUCUCCCCAGCCGCCCUCAAGAAGACCCUCCUGGACAGAGUGAAGCUGGAGUCCCCCACAGUGUCCACACUGACCCCCUCCGGCUCAGGGACGCUCCUCACAAGAAACCCGGCCCCGGGAGGCAAGAAGGACUAAGGCAGCCUCUGCCCUCGUCUGUGACCAGAGCCCUUGACUGAGGGGCCGUGCAGGGAGAGGGCAGGCUCUGAUUUUCAGUUUUCAGAUCCUUGUUGUAAAACCUCCUUAAAUCUGUUCAGACCAGGCAGCACUAGAGUCCCUCCUGUCCCGUGCUGGAAGACGCUCUGAAGGGGUGGUCGAUGCUGGAAGCCAGGUGCAGCCUGCACACCUCCCACUGUUGCAGGAGAGAGAGGCUCGGUGGGAAGGUCCCCCAGAGGACCAAGUGGAGCCCAGGCAGGGUCAGCUGAUGCCAAGUGAGGGAGGUGAGAGGUACAAAACAUGACAAGGGCUUUUUCCUUUCAGUUGAAAGUGAGCAACUUAGAAUUGUCAUAAUUAAUCAGAAAUGCACGAAAUGAGACUAUGCUUAUUUUUAACUCUUCCUAGGUGUACCACUGAAAAAGUGCUCUUCAGUGCUGCUAAGUGUAGCUACUUUAAUAAAGUUUUAUUUUUUAUUACCCUG